ACUGAUUUAGUAUCAGUUGAACGUCGGAAUCGGUCGGAACGGUUAUCCCGGAGCUGAAAGAUACAGUGCCCCCGGAAGGAUUGGCGCGUAGUGCUUGUUUGGUGCAUGUGAUAACUAAGCUGCUGAAGAAGCCGCUCGAAAAGUGAUAAUAAGUUCGUUCGGUGAUGAAAUCAAAGCAAAGUGUGAAAAUUUUUGAUAUUUGGAUCAACCGAAAGCAGAAGAGAAGUGUAACGUCAAUUUGCACCAAUAAUAACGUGUGAAAAUUAUAAGUGUCAUUGAUCAGUCUCAAACCUUAUGGGGAUAAAAAAAAAAUUGUACAAGCUUUGGUCACUUUCAGCACCAUUGAAAUUACGGUGACAUCGCGAAGAAUUUUGUGUUCGAAAUCAAUUGUCUUAAUGUGCCUAGCUGUUAUCACAUACACAAAUUGUGUCCGUCUUGAUAGGAAAACCGAGGUGUCGAAGAAGAAAUAAAUGGACGCCACCAUGCAAAAGGGAUGAUCGCCGCAUCAGAAGACUGCCCAUCUAGAACUCCAGCAGCGCCCACAACACGAGGAUGCCGAUGCCGAAAGUGGAAUUGAAAAAAUUAACAAAACAACCAUUUCCUGCGUCGUGUUUGAACACUGGUAGCGCAUGGGACUAUCCAAAUUGACAAGGCGCAAUUUGACUGUUUAACAAUGCAUGUGUUAGCCGGUAUAGUUCAAAUCGAAUCAAACAAGGUGUUCAACGGUGAAGAAUAGAAUCAAUGAGGCAACAAUAGCGAUCAAAUCGAGCGUUAAAUAAAGCGUGCGCGAAAAAAGCGGAGCUCGUUGAAGUGAGAAUUGAAAACAUACUUUGUACGAAAGUACAAAGCACCGAACUGCAAGUGAUACUACAUGAUCAUAAACAGACAGCAUCAACCGCGUAUCGCAUUGAUAGCACUGGAAACAUGAUACUGCGGAUCGUUAAUUGCAUCAGUUGUAGAUUCUAAUUUAUCGGUAACAGUAUAUAGUCGGUGCUUCGCAGAACUACAAUUAAACAUGCUUAAUUACGAUAAGAUUUAAUUUGCUGCUUGUGAAACUGAGAGUUUCGUACGCCUCAAAUCGGAAAACGGAAAUAAAUUGUACGAAGUUAUAAUUACAGGGGAAAAUAGCUAAAAGAACCUCCCACGCCUCCUCCCACAGCAGCAAUGAUUCAGCCAAAAUUCAAGGGAGAGCGCGUUCUACUCGCACUGGGUGCCCUCGUAACGCUAACGCUCAGCUUCGCCAACGGCUUCGCAACCCUGCCAACCGAUGUAGCCAAACCGCAGCAUUGCCUACUGGAGCGGAUCUACAAAAUGGUUGGCUAUAACUGUGCCAAUCUCAACUUGAAGGAAAUUCCUCAGUCAUUGAAGAGCAAUUUACAGAUUUUAGAUCUCAGCUUCAAUCGUAUACGCGACCUAAAUAAACAAUCGUUCACGCGCUACACCGACGUCAAGUAUUUGUAUCUGUUCGAGAACAUGAUUCAAAACAUCGAGGAGGACACGUUCAGUGAAUUGACUAGUUUAGAGGCCCUUGAUUUAUCGAGUAACGCUUUGAAAUCCAUCCCGAUAGAACUUUUCAGUUUACCUUUGCUUAGAAACCUCUAUGUGGCCCACAACGUGCUACACGAUCUGGAACAAGACUGCACACAGUUGGACAAACCGAUCAAAGCACCUAUUCAGAUCCUCAGCCUCGCCGAUUGUUGGUUGACUAGACUGCCGAACUUUGGCAUUCUGCCGGACCUGUGGCAGUUGAACAUUUCAUCUAACCCACUGACUGAGCUGGAUAUAGAUCAAUUUGCACCCAUGUGCAACCUCCGAUCAUUGGAUUUGAACAACACACAGAUUCCGAUUUGUGCCUGUCAAACCAUUACGGCAGACCUCAUUGCAAGGCGCGCAAAAAUUCUUAAUAAUCAUCCUCACUGUACGCCGCUCUUUGCGACAGAACAAAGCAUUUGCGCUCAGGACACUUCACCCGCUCCGCCCAGUACAGAUUUUCAACAGUGCAUGGAAAUCCGUAAUACUCGCAAACUAGACACCGAAGCCAAAUCGGCGUGGUUCAAAAUAUCUCUCGGAGUGCUCACCUGCAUCGUGCUGUUUUCGAUAGUGCUCUACUAUUUCCACAAACGAAACGCCAAGAGUAUGAAGGACAACAGCAACAAGCACGUAAAGAAUCCUGUUCCCAUCAAUAGGGUAAUGGUGCCAUCCGGCGAGGAACUGCCGAUCGUUGAAAACGGAAACCGGACUAAACUUAUACUUGAUAGUGAUUAGCAUUUAAAACUACUGCUAUUCGAAUCCAACAAGACUAACGAUUAGGCUUAAAUGGGGUAGUUUGCCAAAUGGUAACGCAGCUGAUGUAAUAACAAAUGAAAAGUGAUGUAGUAAGCAAAGUUAUUUAUUUUUUGGUGAAUUACCCAUGAAUUGUAAAUAGAUAAAAUAUAAGUGAUCAUUCUUAGAACAAAAGCUUAGAAGAGAGAUUAUAAUUUGUUGAGUAGGUAAAGAGCUGCCAGUUGUCAUCUUUCUCUACUAUAGCUAAUUAAUUUUAAUCUUUUCAUCACGAUAGAAACAAUCACCUCACAGUCCACUCCCACGUAGUUGAUCAAUGUUUCUGAAUAUGUAUAGCACUGUAAAUUGAACUGGCCAGCUUCUGAGGAGUAAAGAUUUCAUUUGAGGACAUCUUCAUUCGAAUGUCAAUGGGCAUUGCCACAAUUGUUAUGAGACGUGAUAGUUUUAUGUAAAUAAGUUUUUAGUACAAUGGAAAAGUAUAUCUUGAUCAAAAUAAAAUGGCGAAAAGUACUAGUUAAAAUACCAUUAUGUACUAUUGUGAAUAAAAAAGUGCCAUUGAAAAACGUAUUUGCCAAAUAAAGAAUCUGGUCUCUUGCACUCUCGGAUAAUCCGCAAAAAUAACAGAAUAAUCGUUCAGACGCAGACAUGCAGAAUCUACAUUGUAGAUUUGUAGCCGAGCAAACGAAAAGCCCAUAAUGCCCCCAUGAUCAUUGUACCAAUUACCCCCCACUGUAUGGUGGAAUGGGUUCAACCCAUGAAAAUACUAUCACCAUGGUCCGGAAGAUCCCAUCCAAAAAACAAAUUCUGAUGUAUCUAUAGGGUUUUUGAGACCAUUUCAUGGUGUUUUGAUGGUUGUAAAAUUUGGCGCGGACCAUGUUCAUGGUUUUUUUAUGGGGUUGUAUGGUGUUUGAACUCAUGAAAAUUUGCUCGGAUAUUCUGUGCCACCAAAGAUCAGAAGUGAACGCAAUAAAUCCUUGAAGUAGGCUAUACCCAAUAUUCUAAUAUAUUGUUAUAAUGCUUUUCAAACUAAUUUGAGUAGACUUCCCAACGUUACGGUUUAGUUCUAAAUAAAAUGUAAUUUAAAAGCAGCUUUUUUGGGGAUCUAUCAACCUCUGGGAGCUAGUAACUGUAAUCAGGUUAACUUAUUUAAGUUGAGCAGGAACCACAGCAGAUACGGCGAGAAAACUAGAGCCGUGUUUAUUGCGAUUCGGCACUAAACAAGGUUUUGACACUUACAUUUACUGCCGUUAAUCGCAUGAUAUUCCUAUAUCACGUAGGUUUAGCAUUGAACCUUUUUGCAUCACUUUAUGGCACACACAGAACGAAUAUUAAAUGGAGCUUGCAAUGAACUUGUGGUGCCACUUAUGAUUCAGUAUGUAUUGAGAUUUGAGAAUAGCUAUCAUAGAACCAAAGAAUCAAAUAUAUGCUACAUUGAAGAAAAACUUUUUCAAUUAAAACA